UACGCAUGCGUACGUGUACCGGCGAAUAUGUUCUCGUCCAAAAUCAUUCAUACGCGUAAUAUUCCGCGUUUUUUUCAACAUCGACUUACGUUUUCUAGGUUACAGAAUCAUUAUCCUGUACAGAGACAAUAUAGUCUGCUUGCAGGAGCCUGCAGUUCAAGAUUAGCAAAAUGUACAUCAUGUAAAACUAGUAGCUGGUGCUUUAGAGGGGUUACAGGUGGUGUCAACGAUAUUUUUUGUAGACAAUUCCACAAGACAAUAAUUUUGUAUGAUGAAGUCCGAAUAGUUACAACACCAGCAUUUGCCGAAUCUGUAACAGAAGGAGAUGUGAGGUGGGAAAAGGCUGUUGGUGACCAUGUAGGUGAAGAUGAAGUUAUUUGUGAAAUUGAAACGGAUAAGACAUCAGUCCAGGUGCCUUCACCUGGUGCUGGCAUUAUAGAAGAAUUAUUUGCAGAAGAUGGUGAUACAGUAACUGCUGGUCAACAACUAUUUAAAAUUAAAAUAACAGGCAAUGCACCUGCCAUGAAAACAGAAGCAGCAGCACCGCCGCCGCCAACGACACCCUCCCCCUCAGUACCACCACCACCACCACCACCAACACCACCUCUUGUACAGAGCAGUGGUGAGAGUCCUGUAGGUCCUAUUCCUACAGUACCCCCAUCAGUACCUCCUCUACCACAACAACCAAUGUCAUCUACACCAGUUUCUAAUGUAAAGCCACCAGGCCCACCACCCUCAGCUGUUGGGUCUUCUAUGCCUGCAGUUUCUAUGUCUCCAGUAUCGGGUACAAGGUCAGAACAAAGGGUAAAGAUGAACAGAAUGCGUAUGCGUAUUGCAUAUAGACUUAAAGAAGCUCAGAAUACAUGUGCUAUGCUGACAACCUUCAAUGAGAUUGAUAUGAGUAAUAUUAUGGAAAUGAGGCAGCAACACAAAGACUCAUUCCAGAAGAAACAUGGUUUCAAAUUAGGUUUUAUGUCAGCAUUUGUGAAAGCGUCUGCACAUUCAUUGCAAUGUCAGCCCGUAGUGAAUGCAGUUAUUGAUGAAAAUGAAAUAGUUUACAGAGAUUAUGUAGAUAUCAGUGUAGCAGUAGCAACUCCUAAAGGCUUAGUAGUUCCUGUUAUACGGAAUGCUGAGACAAUGAACUAUGCUGAUAUAGAGAGAACUAUUAAUGGACUUGGUGAAAAGGCACGUUUGGGUUCCUUGUCAAUUGAAGACAUGGAUGGUGGUACUUUCACUAUUAGUAAUGGUGGUGUGUUUGGCUCCAUGUUUGGUACCCCUAUUAUAAAUCCCCCUCAGAGUGCCAUCUUAGGUAUGCAUGCCAUCUUCAAUAGACCCAUGGCUGUUAAUGGCAAGGUUGAGAUUCGUCCCAUGAUGUAUGUUGCAUUGACGUAUGACCAUAGAUUGAUUGAUGGAAGAGAGGCUGUAACUUUCCUGAAAAAGAUCAAAACUUGUGUUGAAGACCCUCGCUCACUACUCUUAGAUCUGUAGUCUCACUUAACUAUAAUAUUAAUAUCUACAACCCAAGAGAAAAUAGUACCUGCCAUUCAGAAUUACUGUUUUUAAAUAUGCUGCUAAUCAAUUUGUAUGAAAAACUAUGGCGAGAAUAUUCUAAUUUAAACGAUGCCAAAUUUGCAAGUUUUACUGUGUUUUAUUUACGUUGAUGUGCAUUUAUUCUUGCCCAGACCCUUAUGAUGUAGCUGGUACUGUAACAUGUUCACAAUGACUGACACUAAUCCCCACAUUGCCCUGACCAAUUCUAUUGCUUUUUUAACACUCUAUAAUUGUAAAAAAAAUAUCUUGUAAAGUGACUGAUUAGUAUGUAUUUCUUGCUUCCAGGAUUGUGUGAAUUAUCUUUAGAUUUUUUCAGAAUUAAAAGUGAAUAAAAAAAAAAUUGUGAAUAA